AGAUGAAAUUUAAGGGACACCGUUCACAUGCGCACUUUUCUAAUUUAUAAGCGCAACGAAAGAAAGACGAGGUUCUGAGUUGCAGACAUGCACUUCAUUCCGCAGUGAUAACCCAUCAUUCUCGAUUUAUCAGCUAUGGCUUUUCCUUUAUCUUUGAAUACUUCAGUGGCUUUUAAGUGUUUACCGUCUUUUUCUUCUUCUUCUCACGGCGAGCGACUCUUGUUCUUCUGCUCCAGGAACACCAAUCCGGUUCUGCCGCGUCACUCUCCCUCUCGCUUGGUCCUGGCUUUGGCGCGACGGCGAAACCAGAACUCAGCAGUCGCAUCGGAUUCUUCUGAUAAGAAGAAAAAGAAGAAAAGUUUUGCUCGUCAGAGUACAGAGGAGGAAGAGGAGGAUUUGGAUGAUGAUCCAUUUGAGGCACUAUUUAGUCAAUUGGAAGAAGAUCUUAAAAAUGAUACUGGUUCUGUGGAUGAUGAUGAUGAUGAGAUAAAUGAAGAAGAUAUCAAUGCACUUGCCCGUGAGUUAGAGGAGGCAUUACGGGAUGGUGAUGGUUUGGAAAUGUUCAAAUUAGCUGCAGAAAGUGAUAAUGAUGAAGCUCCUUAUGAUGAUGAUGGUGAUAAUGAUGCAUAUGAAGAUGAAGACGAUGAAAAACCGGUGAAGCUCAAGAAUUGGCAGCUUAGAAGAUUGGCUUAUGCUUUGAAAGCUGGACGGCGGAAAACUAGUAUAAAGAAUUUGGCUGCUGAACUUUGUCUUGAUAGGAGUUUUGUUCUUGAAAUGCUCCGUGAUCCACCUCCAAACCUUGUUAUGAUGAGUGCUGCUUUACCUGAUAAGCCUCCAACAACCACAAUCCCUGAAGCAAAUCCUCCUGAAACAAUUUCUGCAGAAUCAGUGGGAGACACCAUAGAACCUGAGACAAAAAAGGAAGAACCCAUCCAUGUCAUGCAACAAAGAUGGUCUGCUCAAAAAAGACUGAAGAAAGUGCAACUUGAAACUCUUGAACGAGUUUAUAAAAGAUCAAAGCGACCAACUAAUGCUAUGAUUAGCAGCAUCGUGCAAGUGACUAACCUGCCCCGCAAAAGAGUCCUGAAAUGGUUUGAAGAUAGACGAACUGAGGAUGGAGUUCCAGACCAUCAUCGUCCAUACCGACGGCCUGUUCCUGAAACUAUAUUUUCAAAGAUUUUUGUAGGUUAAUAAAUAAAAACAACUUAAAGCAACUGCUCAAAAGUCAAAGCUCCAAGAAUGGUUGUGCUUCUUAAGUGAAAAUUGUAGGUUUUAUGAUUGAUUAUAAAAUGUAAUUGAUCACUGCUUCUUGUCAUGGAUGCCACUGCCCCUGGGACAAUGUCAGAUAUGAUCACCCUGCUUGCUGUCACUUGAAGUAUAGAUUCCAUUAAAGCACAAACAGAUUUGAACAACAUUCCUUUGGGCAUUUCAAUGAAAAGUGUUUGGGUCACCUAUUAUUAUAGUUGCUGAUGGACAAAUCAACUAGUUCAUAUUGAUUCUUGCAUAUAAAUAGUGCAUGCCAGCAGAGUUAACCGCAAAGGGGCUUAAUAUAGUGGAGAUUUUGUGAAA